AUGUCGUUCCCUCCUCAUGAUUUAUCUGCCCCAUUCAACUUCGCGAAAGAAGAGGAAAAGGUCAUUGCAUACUGGAGGGAAAUCGAUGCUUUCCAGACAAGUCUAAAACUCUCGGAAGGGAAACCUGAGUAUUCAUUUUUCGAUGGCCCUCCAUUCGCGACUGGAUUGCCGCACUAUGGCCAUUUACUCGCUGGAACUAUUAAAGAUAUUGUCACCCGGCAUGCCCAUGCGUGCGGAUUCCAUGUCACACGACGCUUCGGCUGGGACACGCACGGACUGCCCGUUGAGCAUGAGAUUGACAAAAAACUCGGCAUUACCGGGCGGGAAGAUGUCAUGAAGAUGGGAAUAGCAAAAUACAAUGAGGAGUGCCGCGCGAUCGUUAUGCGUUAUGCGUCUGAAUGGCGUCGCACGGUUGAGCGCAUGGGUCGCUGGAUCGAUUUCGACAACGAUUACAAGACACUUAACACUACCUUCAUGGAGAGCGUUUGGUGGGCAUUUAGUGAACUAUACAAAAAGGGUAUGGUCUAUCGUGGAUUGAGAGUUAUGCCCUAUUCUACCGGUUGCUUAACUCCACUAUCCAACUUCGAGGCUAGCCAGAAUUACAAGGACGUCAGCGAUCCUGCUGUCACCGUUGCAUUCCCUCUCGUAGAUGAUCGUACGACGUCGCUUCUCGCAUGGACAACCACGCCGUGGACCUUACCGUCAAACCUUGCUUUGUGUGUACAUCCCGAUUACACCUAUAUCAAGAUUCACGAUCAGGAGCGCGACCAGAACUUUAUCCUUCAUGAAGGUCUGCUCCGCACGUUGUACAAGGAUCCAAAGAAAGCCAAAUACAAGAAACUUGGUACAUUCAAGGGCGUCGAUAUGAAGGACUGGCGAUAUGUACCACUUUUUGAAUACUUCACUGAGCAGUUUGAAGAUAGAGCAUUCCGUGUCCUUAACGACACCUACGUGACUGACGGUGACGGUACGGGUAUCGUCCACCAGGCACCUGCUUUUGGUGAAGACGAUCUUCGCAUUGCCAUCGCCAAUGGGAUCUUAAGUCCGGAGGAGAUGCCUCCCUGUCCCAUCGAUGACUCUGGACUGUUCACGAAGGAGGUUCCAGAUUUCGUUGGGCAGCAUGUUAAGGUUGCGGAUAAAGACAUCCAAAAGGUAUUGAAGGCGAAAGGUCGCCUGAUCGUUCAAUCAACCAUCCAGCAUUCAUAUCCAUUUUGCUGGCGAUCGGGGACGCCUUUACUAUACCGCGCUAUUCCUGUAUGGUUCGUCCGAGUGACACCUAUUGUCGAUCAACUUGUAGCAAACAACAAACAGACGCGAUGGGUCCCACAGAACCUUGGGGAUGGUAGGUUCGCCAAUUGGAUCGCCAACGCGCGCGACUGGAACGUCUCACGAAAUCGGUAUUGGGGUACGCCUAUCCCGCUCUGGGCUAGUGAGGACAUGGAAGAGAUUGUAUGCAUCGGUUCAGUCGAGGAGCUGGAGAGGUUAUCCGGGGUCACAGGCAUCACCGACUUGCAUCGCGACAAAAUUGACCACAUCACCAUCCCUUCGACACAAGGCAAGGGGCAGCUGAAGCGCGUCGAGGAGGUCUUCGACUGCUGGUUCGAGUCUGGCAGCAUGCCAUACGCACAGAUCCACUAUCCGUUCGAGAACCAAGACAAAUUCGGCGAUCUCUUCCCAGCUGACUUCGUGUCUGAGGGUGUUGACCAGACCCGUGGAUGGUUCUACACGCUGCUAGUGCUCUCGACGCAUUUAUUCGGUGUUGCACCAUGGAAAAACCUCAUUUCCUAUGGGCUGGUUCUUGCAGCGGACGGCAAGAAGAUGAGCAAAAGUCUCAAAAACUACCCAGACCCAAACCUCAUUGUUGAUUUAUACGGUGCGGAUGCAACAAGAAUGUUCCUGGUCAACUCUCCCAUCGUCCGUGGUGAUAAUCUCCGUUUCCGAGAGGAUGGUGUACGGGAGGUAGUAUCACGAGUACUACUGCCCUGGUUAAAUGCGUUGCGAUUCUUCCUCGGACAAGCCGCCUUAUUGAAGAAGAACACGGGUCGCGAUUUCGUGUAUCACGCGCAUGCCGCUGUAUCGCAGAACGUUAUGGACCGCUGGAUCCUGGCCCGUUGCCAGUCCCUCAUCCGUCUCGUGAGUGAAGAAAUGGCAGCAUAUCGGCUCUACACCAUCAUCCCUAGAUUGCUGGAUCUGGUAGACGAACUUACCAAUUGGUACAUUCGCUUCAACCGAAGACGACUUAAGGGUGAAGAUGGAGACGAAGAUACCGUCGCGGCGCUUAAUACUCUCUUCGAGACACUAUUCACACUCUGUAGAACGAUGUCAUCGUACACACCAUUCCUUACGGAGAAUAUCUAUCAAGCACUCCGCCCAUUCAUCCCCGAGACCUCGGAUGGUAGUGACACCAGAUCGGUCCAUUUCCUCGCAUUCCCCGAAGUGAAAGAGGAAUAUUUUGACGAGGUCAUUGAGCGCCAAGUGAAACGCAUGCAGACAGUCAUCGAACUCACGCGAAAUAUUCGUGAACGACACAACCUGUCGCUAAAGACCCCAUUACGCGAGCUGCUCGUGUUCCAUGCAGAAGACGAGUGGCUCGACGAUGCACGAGGACUCCAGCGGUACAUCCAGUCCGAGCUGAACAUCCGAGAUAUCAUCUUCACAUCGGAUGAGCAUGUUGCUGGUGUCCGCUAUCGUGCCGUCGCUGACUGGGCCGUACUCGGGAAGAAAUUGCGCAAAGACUUGGCGCGUGUCAAGAAGGCCCUGCCAGACGUUUCUAGCGAGGAUGUGCGCUGUUAUGUCCAGACCGGCAAGUUGACUGUCGAUGGCAUCGAGCUCAUCGCAGGAGACUUGACCGUGCAGCGUUAUAUUAACGCUCCAGAACCUGUGGAAGGACAGGUUCAAUAUGCUACGAAUACAGAUAACGACGUUGUGGUUCGCCUGGACGUCCAAGCACAUGCAGAGCUGCAGAGCGAGUGGCUAGCGCGAGAGCUCAUUAACCGUAUCCAAAAACUGCGGAAGCGAGCGGGCCUUCAGGCGACGGACGACGUCGACGUCUUCUAUGCAUUUGAAGAAGGCCUGGGAGUUGAGUUGCUCCAGGCAAUGCAGGAGUAUGCAGAGGCUAUCAAGAAGACAGUUAGAAGCAUUCCUGUGAAUGUGGAGCAGCGGAAAUCGUCGCAUAAAGUGCUCAUCGAGGAGGAGCAAGAGGUGGCGGAUGUGAAGUUUGUGCUGUCGCUAGCUUGGCCAUAG